UUCCUGAAUCAAAAAACGUGCAGGAACUUGAAUGAAGUGUGCCGAGACCUGAGAUGUGAAACCAGAAGAGACGAUCACAUUCACAGGGAGGAGGAACUGCAGUUCAGAAGAACAUGAACAAAACCUCUUGUCCUCAUGUCAACUUUGAUUUCACCGGCAGAUUCCUGCCUCCUGUUUUAAUCUUGGUCUUCAUCGUCGGCCUGGUUGCUAACACAUGGGGGUUGAAGUCUUUGUGGCAGAACUGGAAGAAACUGGGUAGCGUCAACGUGUUUGUUCUCAACCUGGGACUUGCAGAUGUUUUGUAUCUGCUCACGCUGCCCUUUCUGGUGGUUUACUACUUCAAGGGGAAUGUGUGGAUCUUUGGAACUACAUUCUGCAAGAUAACGAGAUUCUGCUUCAACCUGAACCUCUACGGCAGCAUCGGAUUCCUUACGUGCAUCAGCGUGUACAGGUACCUGGCUAUUGUUCACCCGAUGAAAGUGUUGGGAAGAAUCACUGUCACUCAUUCUGUGAACAUCUCAGUCCUCGUGUGGCUGCUGGUGGCUGCCCAGAGUCUUCCAGACGUGUUCUACAUCAAGACGUCUGGAAACCAAACUGAGAAAUGCUACGAUACCACACACAGCGCAUCUGUGGAGGAUUACCUGAACUACAGCCUGGGGAGGACCCUGACUGGGUUUUGUAUCCCACUCCUCAUCACGCUGGGCUGCUACGGACAUAUGAUUAUCAUACUUUGCUCCAAAAACAACGUCAACAAGGAUCUGAAGCGAAGGAUUGUGAGGUUGAUGUUCAUUUUGAUCCUUCUCUUCUCUGUGUGUUAUAUCCCCUAUCACCUGUUCAAGAACCUAAAUCUAUGGUCAAGAGUUCUGAGCAAACACAGGAACUGUCACAAUUGGUCCAAUGGAGUUUACAUCGCCUAUCAGAUAAGUCGUUUGCUGGUGUGUCUGAACAGCGCCCUCAACCCUCUGGUUUUACUCAGUACACGUAAAGACUCCGGCUCAGUUUUGACAUCUGCUCGUCGAGUCAUCAUGCGCCCGUUCAUCACCAAGGUUUCUACGGUGUGAAUGAAGAUCAACAAUUGCAUCAUCUGGAGCUGGGUCGGAGGCGGUUGUGACGUGGCGUCAAGGCUGGAAGAGUCGAGAGCUAAAACAGCUUAAAAAUGAGCUUUAGCAGCUGAUGUGCUGGACUGUGACUGAGCUCCAUCACUCCCCAGACCUGACGCUAAGUCAUUUUAUAAAACAGCUGCAUUAAGUCCAUUGUUGGGACUGUGUUUUUGUCAAAUCAAAGGCCUUCUCUUCGGCCUUUAUGUGUAGUCAAAAGCCUGAAACCACAUGUUCCAUUAUUCUGGAAAAAUCCAGAGCACAGGGAACUCAGUCUCCCAGGAUCCCUAGACUUCAAACAAAGAUGUUAAAAGCCACAAGGGUCAACUGCUAUUGGCCCCUCUGCACCACAUGACCUGUGAGGUCCCCAGGCAAUAUAAGACCAGGUCUCCCCUGAUUCUCUUUUUUUCUACAAUCCCUGUAAUCCAAUUACAAUCCCAAGGCGGAGGGCUGUCCAGCCUCUCUUCUCCUGCAUCGCAGAGGGGAAUCCUGGCUGCUCCAGCUCAAAUCUUCUCUUUCUAUCCAACUCUUCGAGAGGAGCGCAAAGGUGCAGCUUCCAGCUCAUCCCACCAAGGAAACCUCCUCGCACUUCAAGCUCAACCAAACUCCUAGUAUUGACUCGAUGUCCUGCAGGAGAACUUCAACCAGCAACUGAGCCCCACAGCUCGACAGAACCGCAAAGGCAGAAACCAUACGACCAGCCAGAAGACUUCACAGAACUGCAAACUGAACUGCAACUUCCUUUUUCUCGUCUCCACGGAUGGGUAACACAACUGGGCUUAAUAAUUAUACUAGGCUAAACAAGACUGUUUAUUCGAUUCUGUGUGACGUUUAUAAGUGUGAUAUGUGUUAUGAUAUCGUGGUUACAAGUUAUUUUAAAGUUAAUGUUAGUUAUGCUCUUCACAGGCUUUCUUUGCAUAUCUCCAUGACUCUUUCAUUCUCUGACUAAACAUUACAUUACAUUACAUUUCAUUUAGCUGACGCUUUUAUCAAAAGCGACUUACGAUAAGUGCAUCAACCCCGAGGGUACAGACCCAGAACAACAAGAAUCAAGAAAGUACAAUUUCUUCAAAAUAAAGCAAAACUACAAAGUGCUAUAAGUAAGUGCCAUUUAAGUGCUACUAAAAGUGUUAGUUUCAAAGUUGUUAGUAUUUUUUUUUUUUAUUUAUUCAAGGUAUAGUCGGAAGAGGUGAGUUUUUAGUUUUCGGCCGAAGAUCUGUAAACUAUCUGAUGUCCGGAUGUCAAUUGCUCGUUCCACCGUUAAGGAGCCAGGACAGCAAACAGUCGUGAUUUUGAUGAGUGUUUAGCCGUGAGGGAGCAACGAGUCGAUUAGCCGAAGCAGAACAGAGUGAACGGGCUGCGGUGUAACGUUUGACCAUGUCCUGGAUGUAGACUGGACCUGAUCCACACACAGCAUGGUACACAAGUACUAGUGUUUUGAACCGGAUGCGGGCAGCCACUGGUAACCAGUGAAGGGAGCAGAGGAGCGGAGUAGUGUGAGUGAAUUUAGGUAAAAAAACUGUCGAGUUGCUGCAUUCUGGAUGAGCUGCAAAGGUCGGAUGGCAGUAGCAGUUAGACCUGCCAGGAGGGAGUUACAGUAAUCUAGGCGUGAGAUGACCAGAGCCUGGACCAGAACCUGCACUGCCUUCUGAGUGAGAAGGGGGCGUAUUCUCCUGAUGUUGUACAGCAUGAAUCUACAGGACCGUGUUGUUGCAGUAAUGUUGGCAGUAAGGGAGACUUGGCUAUCGAGUGUCACACCCAGGUAGGGAUGAGUAUUGAUAAGAUUUUAACGAUUCCGAUUCCUUAUCGAUUCCUGCUUAUCGAUUCCGAUUCCUUAUCGAUUCUCUUAUCGAUUCUUUUUGGGCAAGGGGGGAAAAAAAGAGCACAAACGGGUUUAUUUACAUUAAUUUUCUUUUAUAUAAUUUUCUAUAAUGAUGCACACCAUAUACAGUAUGUAUACAUAAACAUUUACAUUUUUUAAAUAACCAAAAACAUUCACGUAUUCCUCUUGAACUAAAGAUAAACCUGACAUUCUUCUGUAGAAAUUACGAUAAAAUAAAACUUAUAUAACUUAAAUAAAACUUACUCUGCUUAAUUUAAACAUGUUACUAGAAACUACAAUGCUCCUUCCUUUUUUAAAAAGGGUAUAUGAAAACUGAGCUGCCAAAAAUUAAACUAGCAGUGGCAAAUACCAUCAAGUCUGCACCAGCAAUUGUAAUCAACAAAAUCAACAAUUCUUGUGCAGAAAAAUAAGCAUGUCUGCUUUCUCCGGAAGGAUACGGGAUCUCUCAGGACUAAUUGUGUCUCCAGCCGUGGAGAACACUCUCUCAGAUGGGGUGGAGGAUGCCUGAACACACAGAUAGGACUCAGCUAGACCUGACAGCAGGGGUAAAGUGUGUCUCUGGUCCCACCACCAAAGGGUGGCGUUAUUCGUAGAGGGGAUGGAGGGCAGACUUCUGUACAGCUGGACCUCUUGAUGCACUCUCUGGGCCAUGGACAUAGUGAAAGCUGGUUUACACAAUGAAACAAAUGGCACUAACACAAUAGACAGGGUCUGGAGCAGGGACGUGUGGCGCCGAGCGACGCCGCAGUAGCCGCCGAGCUACUCCGGGUUUCCGCCGAGCGACGCUGUCGCGUCGCUACUGCCCAUCACUGAUAAUAGGAGACCAAUGCCGGAGCUCGAUCGACUACGCACAAUAAAGGCAAAUUGCUUCACACAAGUUUGAGGAGCUUACCUUGGAUAGAAAGAGAUGCAGCGCUAUCGUUAGCUGCGCUGCUGCAAGCAUCAAACACAUGACACACCUCCUGUAACUUCAUUCCAUGCGUGUUCAAAUGCUUCAUCAUAUUGGUGGUAUUUCCUCCCUUCGACGAAAUAGCCCUUUUGCACGCGUUGCAAGUGGCGUUGCUGUCAUUUUGUCGUGUGAAAUACAACCAGACUUUAGAUCGCUUCUGCCUGGUUGACAUGUUUGCUGCCGUCUGAAUGAAAAAGUUUGCGCAUGCGCAACGGCACAGGGAACCGUUAGCAGAAUCGUUAAAGAAUUUAGUCAGGUCGUGGAUGGGAGAGUCUUUCCCUGGAAGGAAAAGUAGUUCAGUCUUGUCAAGGUUAAUCUUCAGGUUGUGUGCAGACAUCCACUGAGAGAUGUGAGUCAGCCAGGCAGAGAUUCGUGCUGCUACCUGUGUUUCCGAUAGGGGAAAAGACAGGAUUAGUUUGGUAUCAUCGGCAUAGCUAUGGUAGGAAAACCCAUGUGAGUGAAUGACAGAGCCGAGAGAGUUGGUGUACAAAGAGAAGAGGAGAGGACCCAGGACAGAACCUUGAGGGACCCCAGUAGUGAGAGGACAAGGUUCAGACACAGAUCCUCUCCAAGUUACCCUAUAAGUGCGGUCAUUGAGGUAGGAAGAGAGCAGGGAGAGAGCAGAGCCUGAGACACCCAGGUCCUGAAGGGAGGAAAUAAGGAUCUGGUGGUCAACACAGACACACGCGCAGUCUUCACCUCAUUAGCCCAGACCCCCACUACAUGUCGUAAACAUUCCAAUGGGGGGGGGGGUAUCCUUUUUGCCCACCACCAUUUUGGGAAGCACUUUGACUUACAUAGACACAUACACACACACACACACACACACACACACACACACACACACACACACACACACACAAACACACAUGCACUCACAUACACAUUUUUGUUUAGUUAGCACGUUGUUAGUAAUUUGUGUUUUUAUGUUUUACUAUAUUCAUAAUAAAUGUUUUUCUUUCACAAAUUUUCUUUCAUCAAUGUUGCCUAGUGAAUUUUGCAAACCACUACACUGUCAAGAACUCCAUAGCCUUCACUGUCCAUUAUAUAAUCUUUAAUAGUAAAUAUUGAGAUUUAUAAUUGAACUAGAUCUAAAUGAGACUGAUCUUUACAUUUGAUUGUAGGUACUGAUACCAGGGUAGUGCCCCCUCUUUUAUAAAUUAUAGUUACAAUUGUAUUAUUCUUAAUUGAUAAUUGUAUUUUUUUUUCAUUAAUAAUUGUAUUAUUCUUAAUUGAUAACUUUAUCGUUUUAAUUAAUAAUUGUAUUAUUUUGAAUAAAUCAUUUUAUUAUUUAAAAA